UUAACGGAGGGAUAAGAAGUUACUCACUUUCUUGAUUUCAGGUUGAAGAGAGAGAAACAAGAGAAGUUUCUCAUAAACAGGGCUAAUUCCUUAACCGUGCUCUGAUGGGGAUCGAUAGAUCCUUUGAAGGCCUGGAACAGUCCUGCUGAAUGUCUUUCUAGGCAGUUCAAUGAAGAGGGCAGCGAUGGGGAUCAAUUGACUUCAGUAAUAAGAACACCUUUGCUGGCUGAUUCUGGUUUUAAUGCUUGGACAGGUCUGAAUUUCUUUAAUAGCAGCAAACAGAAAAUUAACAAAGAAGUAAAGUGAUUAGACAAAGAAGAAACAAGGGAAAGUGGGAGAGGAGGUGGCUAUCUCAGCCUGGGCUUCUCACCCACAACUAUCCCAGCUGCCCUAAGCAAAUAAUUGCAAUUCUUCUUUUCAAAUUUGAACCAUAUCUAUACAUAAGCUCCUCUAUUUAAAGAAGGCAGAAUUACAACCAUAGUAUGUCUAGGAGCUAAUAGGAGCUAGUUUCCAGAUAAGACUAGACACUCCUAUUAUAACUAGGACUAAAUCUAUAACUCCAACAUGAAGUAGAACUAAGUAGCUAAUGGUCCCUAUUGGACCUUACAAUUGAUGGGCCCACUAGGCCUUAUUAACUUAAACAAGUAAUUAAAUAAAAAGCAUGAAAUCGAUGGGCCCAAUGGGCCCGUAUUUCUGACUACUAACUUAGCUACUCAAGUGGACUUAGUAUGGAACUAAACAUGGAUCGAUAGGCCCUUCUUGGCUGGGCCUAUCUUCCUUAGAUAGAUCCUUCCAAAGUGUGGAUCUACAUCACCCAUUUUUCUUUCCUCAGGUAUCUUGUGGAAUGGUUGGGAUGGCAGCGUGGAUUUGCUUUCUCAUGUAUCAGUUUCUUUUUAUUCACAAUGGAAUCAACUGCACAUGCAUACAAAUAUUUCUUCACCUCACAUCCUCACCUUCCCACAGUACAUUUUGGGAAGCGGAGAAAUUAGAAAUGUUAUUGAAAUAGAUUGUGUACUUUUUGGACAGAAGAAACAAAACUAAUGCAAGAAACCUUGAUUAGGAUUAUGCACGUAAUUUUUCAGUACAACACACUAAUUGACAGAAGUAUGUCCCACUCCAAAAAGUCUAUAAAUUUUAUUAAAGAGGAAAUAUCACUCCCCUCCCCUGAACUAUGUUGAAAUAUCAACUUGACCCCACACUUUUCCAAAGAUAUCACUCACCUCCCCUGAAACAAAAAGAUUUUAUCUAACGUCCCCAACCAUUUGAAAUGGCUGUUAAGUCAGCCAGUUUUUUCUCUAAUGCCUAAACUACACUCCUAAACAUGAAAUACCUAUUAUACCCUUAAUGAAAUAAACCCCUCUUCCCCAUACCCUUUCUCUCUGAACUCUACUGAACCCUACCACCCAUCUUCUUCUCCGUCUUUGUUGAUCCAUUCCCGUUUGAGUUCGAUGGCGGUCGGCGAGUCUUUGAAUAAGGCUCAAUACUACCUACCCCCUUCCACUUCUCUGUCUUUGUUGAUCGGCCUUAAUUUUAUGUAAAUGCCCGCAACGCCUCCCAAAUCAGCCCUCCAAGUCCACAGAAUCAAUAACGCCAACAUGGCCUCUCACUGCCACAAGCAACCCCAAACCCCAACCAUCCCCACUGCCACAACCACCAACGCCACCCUCCACCGCCGUAUCAAAACUUGUUGUCCAGCCUCCGCACCAGAAACCGUCACAAAUCAUCACACCCAUCCAGUGGGGCCCAAUCAGUGUUCCUCUAUCGUUGUUCAAUACAUCGCCACCUCGGUAUCCAUCGUAUGGUCAGUGGUCUGCCGUUUCGAUAACCCACAAGCCUACAAACACUUCCUGAAAAGUUGCCACAUCAUCAAAGGGAACGAAGACGUGGGAACCCUAAGAGAAGUCCACGUGGUAUCUGGGCUUCCCGCCACCACCAACACCAAACGGCUUGAGAUCCUCGACAAUGAACGUCACAUCAUCAGUUUCAAAGUCGUGGGUAGUGAUCAUCGGUUAGCAAAUUACAGAUCUGUGAUGACUUUACACCCUUCAUCGAACGGCUCAGGUACAAUGAUUGUGGAAUCGUAUGUUGUGGAUGUACCCUCGGGGAACACGAAAGAAGAUACUUGUAUGUUUGUGGAUACAAUCAUGCGUUGCAACUUACAAUCGCUAGCUCAGAUCGCCGAGAACUUGAUCAAUAGCAAUCGAUCAUCUUCAUAGCCAUGAACUUAAAUUAAUAGCUUCAUCUCUUCAUCUCUUCUUCCUCUCUUGAUUUGCUUUUGGUGGUUUUUUACCCAAAUGUGGUUGCAAUCGACAUUGGUUGCGAUAAUAUGAUCGGGUGAUGGCUUUUGCUUCAAUUCCUGCAGUCUUCGCAGGUUUUGAUGCUUCGAAAUGAUUGCCAAAACAAAGGUGACGAUGCCAGUCGUUGCCAUCCUAUGAUCGUUGGU